GCUGGAAGAGCUCCCGCCAUCAAUGGCCGUCUCAAGGCGCCAGCGUCCUCCCGAUGGGCCUGCUGGGCGUGGAGGAAAGAAGCUGCCGGUGCAUGUCUUUGAUCCGAUUGUGGCCGCGGCUACCUGCGAGGUCGUCCUCUCCUGGCUAACAUCCACGGAGGGUGCGGCCGCAGAUGACACGCUGAGGCCGAAGAGGGCCUUGGUGUCCUUGGAGCCGGCUGAUCCUGAUCCUCGGCUCUCCUCCGCCCUCCCUGAAGUGGGCCAGAAGGUUUCGGGAGGCCUUGAGGCCAAGACGCCGUCGAGACCCCUCCGACCGAAUGCCGCCGAGUUCCGGCCGGCUCGCAACGCGCCGUUGCCCCAGGUGGAAGAGGAAAGCGGCCAGGAAGAGGAAGAGGAGGACGAGUUGGACUUGGCGAAAGAUGAGGAGCCUCCGAGGAGGCGCUUCGCAGCUCCAAUUUGUUGUGGCAUCCUCGUGGCCCUGCUCGCCACGCUGCUGGGAAGCUCCAUCCACGUGGGCCAGCCAAAGGCGCAGCCUGCAGCGCGGCCUCCAACCAGUUUCUUCCAGACAGCAAAGCUGACGAUUUCUGAAAAUUGA